UUCUUCGAAUACUAUGGCAUGAAAAAGUCAAAAAAUGCUCUCGAAGAAGAAUGGAAUACAAUGGCUAAGGAUAGGUUUGGUAUUAACGAUGACUGGCGGGAAAAAAGAAAACAGCGGUUGAAUGAUUUCCGGAUUUUUUUAGAGACGAAAGGCGAACUUUUGAGUCAAAUCUCGGAAUUCCUUCCCUUUUAUGCCUUUCCCUAUGUCGUCAAUCCCAAAAAUCACCCGGUAUACCGCGAACUUUUUGAACCCGAGUGGGCAGCUGACCUCAAGAAGAAGCUGUCGGCUUUUCUGGAAACAAUAGACGGCGAAGAGCAACCACUUCCAAAGAUACUUUUUCUACAACAACCUGAUGAUGUACAUAGAAAUGUUCAACUCAAACAGUUACAGAACCGAUUGGUUGAUGCAGAAAAACGAGCAUCCCAAGCGCAUCAACGGUUUUCUAAAAUUCAAAACGAUUACCAGAGUCUACUUGGUAUUACAACCGAUUUGGUGGAUACACUUGAAGCCGCUUUGCGAGGGGAGCAAAUUCAAGGGGACGUUUUGCAACAAAUUUGUUCUCGGCUUGUCGCCACACAGCGGGGUACUACAAUCUGGCCGACCGACAGCUAUGAUGAAAAUGGUGGACUCAAUGGAACGUCCGCAUCCACAAAUGAUGUAGAUUUGUUUAGCUAUGGGGCCACUCUACGUCAGUCCUUACGAUACGGAACGUCAAAUUCUCAUACUCCAAAAAUUGGGACUGGGGAAGACAGGUCCACUGCCUCAGUGAAACUGUGUGGUUUGAACUUUGAUAAAAUAAAAAACGCUCUCAAGACCUUAGAUCCACGCGAAGUCUGGCGUCUUCUACAGGCCCUUCGUUGGCGCCUUACCCGAGUGACCGUAGAUCAGCGGGAACUAGCACUGACGGCAUUCAUUGCGAACGAUUUGCUUGAGUUAACGCUCUACUCUGAAGUUAGUCCUACAAACGACACUGUGCUGGGUAUCUGUGUCGGUUCUGCCUCGCCCAAGGUUGUUGAUGCGAUUGCCCGCCUGGUGAAUGCCUUGGCCUCGUUGGCCCGGGGUCGGGCCUACUUAUCACAGAACAGCGCCGCUGUUACACUCCUGACGCGACGAAUAUUCCAGGAGAAGGAGGAGUCUGCAGUCAGAGAAAACAUGAUAGGGGCCCUUCAAAAGCUCAGCCUUCGGUAA